AUGUCAGAAAGAAAGGUGAUCAACAAGUACUACCCCCCGAACUUUAAUCCUUUGGAAGCCGAAGAGGCAGCUCGAAAAGUAUCCAAAAAGCUGAAGACUAUGAAUAAGGACUCGACAACUAUUCGACUUAUGACGCCUUUCAGCAUGCGGUGUCUUAAGUGCUCUGAGUUUAUACCGCGCAGUCGAAAGUUUAACGGGAAGAAAGAGCUGCUUCCCGAAAGAUAUUUGGAUACCAUUAAACAAUAUAGAUUGAGUAUCAAGUGUCCCAGAUGCAACAACAUGAUUUCAUUCCGCACUGAUCCCAAGAGUGGAGACUAUGUCAUGGAGAUCGGAGGGGUGAAGAACUUCGUGGCGAAUACCGGGACCUCAGAAAAUAGUAGCGAAACGGUGGAUGAGGCGCUCGAACGACUGGAGCGACAACAUCAGCUCGAAAAAGAGGAAGCCAACAAAGACUCGACAGAGAGCAAGCUGGAACAAGUGGAAAAGCGGCUCGUAAAAAUGCAGCAAGAGCAAGAAGACUAUGAGAACCUUGAAAAACUGCGAAGAGAAAACGUUGCCCGAAUGAAACGCGCAGAGCAGCUACGAAAUUCAACAGAAGACGCAGCGCGAGAAAAGUCGACUGAAGAUGAGAAAAAAGCUGAGGAGGCUUUCCAGGUGCGUGUCACUGAGUCAAGGGUCCGCUCUGGAUCUACACAUGCUCUCCAGACAGACAACUCGAGCAUUCCCCAGAAAAUCCAAAUGAAGAAAAGGUUAAAAUCUAAUCCUCUUGGCGUGGUGAUUAAAAAGAGGAAGAACUAA